AUGAGAUUCGCUGCUCCCAGACUCCGAAUUGGCCAACCCAUCGUCAAAAAGUGCAACAUCUCAUCGUUGGUGCAGGAGACACAUCCAACAUCCACUAUAGCCACCAAAACUGUGCAGAGACCUGCUCAAUCAUCUUUCCGGCCCCAUAUAAUUUUCCUAAAAGGACCUCUCGGUACAAUUAACGGCUUCCUGCGGGCCCAACGUCGUCGACAUGAAGACCAAGCGAUGUGGAAUCGACUCAUUUUGCUGAACAAAUACGGCCCACACCACCAGAGCUUGCUGGCCAAUAGUUUGCUGGACCCGAGUGACAGCUACUGGCGCUCUAUUGCAUCUUCUCCAAAUAUCUAUGAUGCUUUACAACGACUAGUCGCAGACCGUUAUUUGACUUUCGUUGAUCAUCCUCUGCUUCCCGGCGCGGAAUCACUUUAUGCCGAGAGCGACUCGCGUCCGAGGUCACUGCCGACCUGGCUUACGCUGCACUUGAUAACAAAUCGUGUCAGCACCCCAAGGCAUGCCACUCUUGCCUUGGAUCUCGCACUCAAUCAGCUAGAGCGCACAAAGCCCGCUUACCAGUUCCCGAUGCUCCUCCUCGCGAUUCAUCGUCUGCAAGUUUACUCGCAGGGGAAAUAUCUACUGGAGCACCUGGACGGGAUUCUCAAGGUUGAGUCAAGCACGCCAGAAUUCCACUUCAACGAACUGUUGGCCGUGUGUAGCCGCCUGCCCAAGGACGAAACUGCACGUGCCAUCCUGGAAAAGAUUCUAAAUAGAAUGUCACAUCUUUCCAUUCAAAUCAAUCCACACAUUGCUUCUCGACUCGCUAUCCACCGCCUUGCAUAUCCCGAGCUCGCUCAGUAUCUUCCUUCCAAAGUGCGCAUCAGUCAGGAUUGGGGGCGUGCUUAUCGACCACAUUAUCACGUCUCACGACAUCCCAUGGGGGUGUUGCGUCGUCGCCGGACCGGAAGGAUGGCCCGUCUAAACAUUACACAAGCUCUCCAAAUGCUCACCCGGGGCAACUCUGCAGGACUUCGGCUUGACCCUUAUGAGUGGUCGACUCUUAUCACCGCCAUAGGGCGAGAUACCUCGGUGGAUGCCGAUACCAUGCGCGCCUUCUGGCUCAAAAUCCAAGCCUAUCGAGGCAAUAAAAUGGAUAUUGUGACGCAAACGGCGAUGAUGGACGCUUUCCGGCAGCGAAACCAGUACGAUGAUGCUCUCAAGGUCUGGGAUCGUAUCCUCAAGACCACGGGAUCAAUCGACCGACGAGCGUUGACUGCGGCUGUCAUGUCGUACUGUGCAACUUCUCGGUACAAGGAGGCGUUUGAGACCAUGGACGCGUUUGCCUUCAAAGAUUAUUUACCCGCAGAAGAUAACCCUUCAUGGCCAAUGGCGAAGGCUCAGUGGGUCGAAAGCCGCGGCCGCGUAAAGCUUGACACUGCGAUCGUCAAUGGGUUCAUGGAUCGAUUGAAUCGUGGUGGACGACCCGAUGUUGUGUUCAAGCUUUGGGAUGUAAUGGAGAAAUAUUACGGCGUCUGGCCUGAUGGUAUCACCAUGGCCAUUUUGUUGGAUUCUGCUCGACGUGCGUCUCUCAUUGAUCCAACCAUCGAGCUUGCUCUCGGUCAGUUGGGUAUAUUCAAUCCACUCAAGCAGUUUUGGGCCCAGAAGAGACUACCCGAGACUCCUUCGGUCGCUAUCUCUCAAAUGCUAGAAACCCCUCCAGAAUCAGGCUUCUGGCAUGGUGAUUGGGCGUUUAUCACCGCUAGGGUUAUCUUCCGGGACGCGGUACUGGGUAACUGGCCCCAUCUUCAGGCAAUCCCCUGUCCAGUGGGUACCUAUACACCUACUACCAUCUCAGAUCGCCUCUGGGUGACAAAGGAUCCCGCCCCGGAGCUGCGCUGGCCGACAAUCAUUCCCAUUGACAAGACCUUCCAUGCCUACAUCUUCCUCCUCGGCUGGAACGAACUUCAGGCUGAAAUCCCCUUAGCGUUGGCAUGGAUGCGUGAGAUGGGCAUCAAACCCCUCCACAAGACGCUCUGUGCCGCACUUAUGUAUUUUGGCGAGGUGUCGCGAUUGCCCCCACUAUUCGAGUCCUUUGAGCUUCGUAAGGGUCAAGAGUACGGAGGUGACUAUGGAAAGCUGAGGCGUUGGAUAGCGGAUUGGGUGGGCGAAAGUGCGUUACCGAGCGAGGACGCAGUCGCCGCGUAUAGACGGGGUAACGGCCAACAAACCAUGAGAUGGUAUGGGAGAAAGUACUAG